AUGGCCCCUCCACCCCCGCCAAAGUCAGAGAACCGCCUGAAGUGGAAGCCCCAGCGCCAGAGGGCUCCAUAUCAUCACUCUCGUACUAAGAGCCAAGCAUCGUCCCCUUCGCCCACGGAGAGACGAGCCAGACAGUUUGAGGUCUUCCAUGACGAUGAGGGGCCAGCGAGGACGCAACAGCCAUCGCCAACGAGACGUCGCUCCAGGAGCAUUGCAGCUGGUACCCUCGGGGCCCAGGCCCAGGCACACAAUGCAGCUAAGCGACAGUGGCGACUUGCGGUACGGAACGGCGAGGAAGAGGAAGAGGACCAGGACGCAGACGCAAGACGAGGCAGAUCCUCCACAGCGACACCCAAAUCGGCACUGAAGCCAUCUUCGCGGCACCUCAACCAGUCGCUGCCCGUCACCCCAUCGUCGCGCCCUUUCAAGACUGUUCCACUCACCAACCCGCCAAGUGGGAACAAGGAGAACUUUGGUGUAGUGCUCCCUACAUGCACCGCGCCUGGCCCUGGCCCUGGCCCUGGCGACGACAACGCAGAGGCUGCCCGCUUGGCUGACGAGGUGGCCCGGCUCGAGGCUGAGACGGACCGCAUCCUCGCGGAGCAGAAGAAGAGGGAUCUUGCCAGGCUUCAGGCCCAACUUGCCUUGAUCCCCACUCCUCCGCACAAACCCAAGCCAAAGCACCUCAUCCUCGACAAACUCCCCUUUCUCCUGCCAAAGAGCGCGAGGUCCAAUGGGACUAGUCAGCCAACUACACCACAGAGUGCGCCGGCAAAGACGCUGGCUUUCGUCUGGAACCCUACACCAAUAGGCUCCCGAGACCAGACGACCUCACCGCAGAGCAUGUACUCGAUUGAACAAGGUGGCGGGGGCAUUGUGCCCCAGACGGAUGCGCCUGCGUCGGCGAUCAAUGGUGGUGAGAGGCGGGUGACGGUGCGAUACUUGACUUCGACGAUCAAUCUGCCCGUGAACACGGACACAACGCCUGUCGAUGUCGCCUACUCGACGGCCAAUUUCGUCACCCACAACCUCACCCCAACAGCCUGCGUCAUCAUCGAGUGCUAUGAGGUCCUCGGGUUCGAGCGCCGCUUGCGCCAGUACGAGCGCAUCCGCGACGUCAUGAACUCGUGGGAUAGGGAUCAGCAGAAUACGCUGCUCGUGACGACUGUCGACGAGACGGCCCGGUCAGAUGCCGACCUCAAGCUCGCCACUGUGCCACGGAUAAGUGACCCCCCGACAGGCUUCACCUUUCGACUGUAUCACUCGGCCCGCCCCGGCCGGUGGAACAAGCGAUGGGUGACCCUCAUGGACAGCGGCCAAAUCUACGCCUCCAAGAAACCAGACGCGAAGCCCACGGACAAGGACAGCGCGGCACUCUGCCACCUCUCUGACUUUGACAUCUACACGCCCCGCGAGACGCAAAUGAGGCGCCACCUCAGACCACCAAAGAAGUUCUGCUACGCCAUCAAGAGUCAGCAAAAGACACACCUAUUCCCCAAUGGCGAGAACUUUGUGCACUUCUUCUCCGCGGACGACGAGCAGCUCGCGCAUCGCUUCUACGAGCUCAUCCACGGCUGGCGCAGCUGGUACCUCGUGAACAAGAAGAUUGACUUUGAGGUCAAAGAACAGCCAAGCUCGCCACCAGUCCGGCGCAGCGGCAUCACCAGGACCAAGUCGGGUAGCGUGUCGAAAGCAGCACCUUCGCACAAGACAGCCAUGGGAGGCGAGCCUGCCUACACGAUAGGGGAAUUCAAGCCACUGCUCGACAUGUCUGAAUUCGACAAGCCUUUGGAGCAAUUUGGCAAACGUCAGUCAGAACUGGUGAAAUCGCCUCAGAAACCAACACCGCCGCAGAGCGCCACAAGCAACAAGGCGCACAGUCAGCUACCGUCAAACACUGGUCUCGUCAGUCCUCAAGCUGAGGAUGAGUUCUCCUCUGGAGGCCUCUUGGGCGAAUCGUACGAUAAGCGCAAGGCGCGGGAGGCUGUCGUCACAGAACCUCAGAAGACGGACAGUCCUUUUAUCGAGGGCACACUCCUCAACAGACCCGCGACAGCAUCUGCCACGGCCGUCCAGAAGCCCGAUCAGGGUUCCUGGUUCCCUUCGGCGCAAGAGCACUCGGCCCGCAACCGUCCCCAUCCGAAGCCUUCCCAUUCCCAAUCUGCCCACAAGGGGUCCCAGCCAGCGCCACGACAUCGGACGCGCCGUCAAGCCUCCGGCCGGCAGUCCGCUGAUCGAAUUCGCCACGGGUGGCGUGACGAACAGUCAAGCCAUGCCUGCGCGCAGCGAGACAAAGGGACCUCCACCCCAUGGACACGGCCUGCCGCCCAGCAGAUCCCGGAGUCGGUCGACUGCGUCGAGCCGGGCCGAUGGGCCUCGCAUGCCGCCGAGCAGUCGUCCUCCUCUUCCGCCGGUGCCACUUCAUUUGGCAAGGCGACCCGACGAGCGAGACCGUGCAGGGUCUUCUUCUACCACUUCUUCUUCUUCGCAUAG